GGUACAGUCCUCAGUCGCGCUGAGCGGGAGGCGGACCGAACUAUUCCUUCGGCGCUGAGGGGAGACACACAUUCUCGUGCACGUCUCCCGAGUUCUUUCAUUCAUCGCGUGAUAAUAUUUUUAAUUCGCGUGUUUUUUGUGUUGUUUUUAAAUCUGAGAGAUUUUAGAGUGGUCUCUGAGAGAGUAGAUAUGCAGAAGGGAGUGAAGAUGAAGAUGACAAGUGAUCAGACCACAGAUAAUUUUACUCCAGGGGACAUAGUGUUUGCUAAAAUGAAGGGUUAUCCUUUCUGGCCUGCCAGGAUUGGCGAAGGAAAAGCCCCUAAAAAUAAGAUCCCCAUCUUCUUUUAUGGAACACACUCAACAACGUGCCUCUUGCCCAAAGACAUCGUCCCCUACUGGCCAAACAAAGAGAAGUUCGGCCGGCCAAUCAAACGCGGCGGUUUCGAGGAGGGCAUGUGGGAGAUCGAGAACGACCCGGGUGUGGGCCUCAGAGGUCACAAGAAAGCAGCGUUGCUGAAACGACUGUCAGAGAGUCGACUGAAACUGAAAGACAGGACGAAGAAGAAAGCAGAAAAUAAGAGCGAAGCCAAGAACCAGACCGCGUCCCGUAAGGAGUCAGCGCCGAAGAGCGACUCGAACACAGCGACGCCUCGCAAGAAAGAAACUCCUGUGAAAACCAGCAGAACAAAGUCUGAGUCUGCCGCGGCAGACGAUAAAACCACCGAAACCAGAUCAACACGCUCCAGAGAUUCAGUGACAAACACCGUCACAGCAGACGAGAGACGCACGGAUAGAGUCUCGCCUGCGAAGAGAGUCAGAGACUCAGUGACAAAGACCAUCACACCAGACGAGAGACGGACAGAGAGAGUCACGCCUGGGAAGAGAGUCAGAGAUUCAGUGACAAACACCGUCACACCAGACGAGAGACGGACAGAGAGAGUCUCGCCUGCGAAGAGAGUCAGAGAUUCAGGGACAAAGACCAUCACAGCAGACGAGAGACGGACGGAUCGAGUCACGUCUGCUAAGAGAGUCACGACAGUGAAGACGGUCGGUGAACGGAGGAUUUUACCGUCCAGAAAGGUCAUUUUAUCACGAGGAGCAUCAGCAGCAAAGACGCUCGCCGCUCGCAGGAAACACAUACUGAACAGAAAGAUCAAGAAACGGAGAGAGGCUCAUAAUCUCAAGCAGCCCUUGAGGAUCACACGCUCCACUGCAGAUCUGACCCAGACCUCGGACCGAAUCACUGCCACGCCGGCGAAGACACCCGCUCUGAAGCGGACACGCUCACAAACUGAAUCUGAUGUGAAGGAAGAUGCUCCUGUUCCACUUCCUGUGACGAGUAGCUCCGCCCCCUCCCGCCCAGCAGAUUCAAAGAGGAAGCGUGUCACAGAGGAGCAGACGCCUGCAGCAGAAGAACUGGAGAAGAGCGAGGUCAAGAAGAUCGACACACAAGACACGCCUGAACAGACCGAGACGCUGAAUAAACCCCAGCCGACCAAGAGCCACGUUCUGAUCGUCUCUGAAAAGCAGGACGAGGCUAAAGAGGAGAAGAAAGCCAUCGAUGAAGAGGAGAGCGCUUCAGAGAUACGGAGGAGCAGCAGCGGUCUCUGUGUGUCUCAGAGGAGUCAGAUCCCGGCCGAGAAGAGACAGAGCGUGCUGAAGUCACUGCAGGGACUGGUGACGUCUACCAGAGGAAAGACACACACCUGCGAGGAGACACCCAUCAAACCCACCGCCGACGAGAAGGAGGAGAACACAGAGCCUGACAGCAGCAACACCGAAGUGUGUUUCUACAGACGGCAGAACGACAGCAGCAGCAGAGAGGAAGAGUGCAAAGAUCCCUCUCUGUCCGUCACAGACUCGUUGCUCUACCGGCUGCAUGGUGACAUCAGAAUCUCAAUGAUGCUGGAGAAUCCCGAUGUCAGUAAGUGUUUGUUGGCUCUGGAUGAGUUGAGCAAUGUCCCGGUCUCGUCUCGAAACAUUCAGAACCACAGCGAGCUCAUCGACACGCUCAGAAAGAUGCGCUGGUUUCGCGGCAGCGAGGCGAUCAUGUUUAAAGCAUCCAUGCUGUAUCAUCGCUUUAAAAACAUCUACCUCAUCGGAGACGCCGACGAGACUCUGAGUCAGGAGUACAUCGACUCACUGCAGGAGGAGAGAGAGACGGACGCCAGAGCAGCUGUCAGUCUGAAGAGCGUCUGCGAAGAGACCCGAGAUACCAAACCAGCGCCUCAAACCACUGGACAUGUGCCUCACAGGGCGGACAGGAGCUGACGUGAGGAGACCACUGCCAUUUUUAUCCUUCUGUUGUUGUUCUGAAAUCAGGCUUUUUAUCCGCUGUUGGAGAGUUUUAUCCCGUCGCCGUUGCAGUUAUUUAUUCACUGAGCGUUUUUACCGUCCAGUGCGAUUCCUCAUCAAAGUCACAGGUUCUCUACACGAGGUUUUCCUGUCACAGAUGAAUCCCAGUGCCAUGAUGUCAGUGUUUCUGUUCUUCAAUACUUCAGACGAGAGAAAGACACUAAUAAAGGUCAGAAACGGCGAUGUUUCUGCUGUCACUCGUCCGGUUCUCUCGUGAACUCUGAUUUAUACCUUUCCUUUCAUCACGAGCAUUAGAUCACAUCAGCAGUGAACAUGCAGACUUCAGCUCAGAUUUAUCUCAACGUUUUCAGACCGAUGUUUGUUCUCUGUUCUGUUUGUUAGAUGUGACACGAUCAAAAGCAUUAAACCCGAGCAUUAAAAUGUUAACUGGUGUGUGUUUAUACACAGGGCAGCUACAUUAUACUCAUACAGUUACACUCUUCCUCACACACACUAUUAUCUGAUCUGAAUCCGGUGCUAAUACAACAGAUACUGUCUUUAAUUAAUGCAUUUAGCCGUAACGUGUUCUAGCUCAGACGCCCCUAGAUUUGUAUUAUUGAGCACUUGCAUGUGCUUCCUGUGUGAUAUUACAGUGAAUCUGCAUUAAACUGAUCUUUAGUACUCUCUGGA